AUGGACUCAGAUUCCGAUUUCUACGGGGACGAGGAGGAGGUAGCCAUGCUAGAGUCCAGAGCACAAGAGUUCGAUGUACAGGCCUACUGGCGCCAUAGCGAACAGACUAGCACGGUGCACCCAGGCUACAAAAAGGAAUCUUCCUCAUCGUCGUCCUCACCGGCCAAGGCGCCUGCGCUGCACAACCCCUACGAGGGCCAGGUCUCAGCCAAGCAGCUGAACGAGACUAUUGCCGCCUUCCUGGCGCGCCUACCACCCGCCACGACGGAUGUCACGCCCGAGAUCCCAUGGAUCUACGUAGCAAACCCCUUCAUCCCGCGCGAGGGCGGCGCGGGCACCGAGGAGGCCCCCGCAGAGUCGGGCGCGCAGCUGCACACCUUCAUCGAGGGGGGAGGCGAGCGGCUGGGGCUGUUCGGGGACUUCCUGCGGACGGUGCAGGAGAAGAAGGGCGGCCGUGCCAGCACGGCGAUGAGCAGGCAGAUCACGACGGAGCGGGAGGGGUGCGUCAACGAUGUUCUGAUGCUGGCGAGACUUAUGAAGGUUAGGACAGGCAAGUGGAUGCUCUUCGUCGAGCCCGCUUUCGUCAACGACGUCUGGGAGAGGGUGGCCCAGGCCACGGUCAAGAACGAGCUGGGGAUCGCGGCCAAGGUGGCGCCGCGCGAGGAGCGCGGCUCGGUCAAGGAACGCCUGGUGUGCAUAUACACGUACGACUUCCGCGACAAGGACGACAUCGCGCGCGUGCUGCACCGCCUGCGGCAGUUGGAGCUCGUGCGCGACCGGGCGGCUGGCAAGCCCAUUUACUAUAAGGCUGAUGCAUUCACAUACCUGGGAAUAGGCUACGGCAAUCCUUGGGGGAUGAGGGCGUCGCUGUACAACUCGAGGGACAUCUUUGCGUAUCUUAAGGAGAAAGACGGCAAGGCGUCGAAGAGGGCAGUGAGCAAAAACGAUGAAAAUGAGGAUGAGGAUGGGUGGGCAUUUUGA